AUGGAUAUACAUCGCUGUCGUUUUGUGGACUACACUCCGCACACCGUCACAGCAACAGCCUUUUCGCAUCGUUCGUCGUUGGCUAAACAAGCUACCAAUGAUUUGAGAUUGGCUGUUGGUAGAAGCAAUGGUGACAUUGAAAUCUGGAAUCCUAAAUACAACUGGACCCACGAAUUGACGUUAUCUGGAGCCCGUGGAAGGACAGUAGAAGGACUCUGUUGGGCUGCGGGUGAUUCAGAAGAGCCUGCUCGACUUUUUUCCAUUGGAGGAUCUACUUAUAUCACUGAAUGGGACUUAUCUACUGGCAAGCCUGUGACCAACUAUGACUGUAAUGCUGGUAUAAUUUGGUCUAUGGCUAUUAACGCGUCAGAGAAUAAGUUGGCUGUAGGCUGUGAUGAUGGUUCCGUCGUAAUUGUAGAUAUAUCCGGAGGUCUUGGAUCAUUGGAGCACGACAUGAUCUGCCAGAGACAAGAUGCCAGAGUGUUGAGCAUAAAGUGGUACAAUGAUGAGAUACUCGUCGGGGGCUGUGCCGACGGAAGAAUAAGAGAAUGGAGUGCCAAUGGGGAAACUAAGGGAAGAAUAUUAGCCACGAUGAGAGUAGACAAGUCCAAGACCGAAAGCACUUUGGUAUGGGCGAUUUCUAUCUUACCCAACAAGAAACAGAUAGUCAGUGGAGAUUCUACUGGAUCUGUGAAAUUUUGGGAUUUAGAACAUUUUUCGUUGUUGCAGAGUUUCAAAGUACACGAUGCUGAUGUUUUGUCCAUAGUCAGCGAUGCCAGUGAGGAAAAGAUCUUUUCUGCUGGUGUAGACAGAAAGAUCCACCAGUUCAACUUGAUCACCACGAAGUCUUCGACUUCUAAGUGGGUUCAUAAUUCUAAUAGACUAUUGCAUUCCAACGAUAUCAGAUCGAUGUCGAUAUUUGAGAGCAAGGCUUACAACUUUUUGAUCAGCGGUGGCGUGGAAAGGUCAAUUGUGAUCCAAUCUGUUCAGCAUUUCCAGGACGGAAAGUACAAGAAACUUUUAAUAAACCAACAGAAGCCAAAUGUAGUUGUAAAUAUGGCGCAUAAACUCAUUGCAUUAUGGCAGGACCAGUCUAUCAAGUUAUGGAAGGUCCAAGAUAGCACCAGACACAAGCUUGUUUCUGUCAUAAAGUUGUCUGAUGAUGACAACAUCACCAGCAUUGACAUCAACAGCAGAGCUGACUUACUCAUAGUAUCUACUUUGAAUUCUGUAAAGGCUUUCAGGUUAACUGAGGAUGUAGGAAAGUUGAAAAUAACAAAGUUCAGAGAUGAAGACUUUGACUCUUUAAUUGAAGGAGCCAAGUCCGUCAAAUUCUUUGGUGAAGAGAAGUUCUUGAUCUUGACUCCAGGUGAAGAAAUCUACAAGUUCGUUAUCAAUACUGAGGAUAACACCAUUACUUUGGACGACGAGAUUGAGAUCUUGGAAUCUAAGAAAGGUAGACUACAAUACUCUGGUUGUAUCAACAACUGGGAAGUUUCACCUAAUAAAGAAAAGUUGAUAGUCUCAAGAUUCAACGGAUCUAUUGAAGCCUACCCUUUAAACACAGAGGAAGACGCUUACUUGGUCACAAAGUUGUCGUCAUACCCACAUUUACUUCACUUUUCUAGUAACGACAAAAUCGUUGUGUUAACAGAAGACAAUAAACUUUAUGAGUUCUUGGUUGCUACAAAGAAUAGCACUAAUACAAACAACUUGUUGACACCAUGGUCUAAGAGAAACAGUGAGUUCUUGCCUCAUCAGUUCUUGAACCUUGACGACAAGCCUCAGGGUGUAUUCACCAAGGGCAGUAGAGUAUGGAUCUAUGGGUCUACCUGGUUAUCAUUCUUUGACUUGUCGGUUAACAUACCGAUUAACAAAGUGUACAAAAACACCUCUAAUUCCAAAAAGAGAAAUAGAGAUGGGUUGACCAUCAAUGAAGAUGUUGGUGAAACUGAAGUAGAUGGAGAUCUUGAUAUCGUAGACCAGACCAAUGCCGAUAUCUUGGGACUUUCAUUGAAGCAGAGUCAUAUUGAUAGAAUGAGACAACAGAUACAAGAUACCGAAUCCAAUGGGAACUCUGACGAAUCAAAGAAACCAUUCUGGUUGACUACCAAAUAUAGACCUAUCAUGAAGGUUGAAGACUUUGGAGAGGAGGAAAUCGUAGUAAUUGAAAGACCUCAGUUCGCAUUGCCUACAACUACAGCCUUCAGCCUUCCAAAAUUGAGAAUCUGAGACUUCGAGAAUUCUUACAAUAUAUCUUAGAGAUAGGAUAAGUGCAUUCAUAAACUCUGUAAAUUUAGCAUUCAUUGCUAUAUAGGAAAGCUAUAUAGAUGAAAAAGUGCAUGUACAAUAAUAG